AAACAUUUAAAAUAACUAUAGAUGAAUGAAUUAAUGUAACAAGAAGAAGAAGAAAACGACGACGUCAACGAAGAACUUCUGAUCAUUGAAAUCAUCAUCAUUUAAAAGAUCUAACUAAUUAAUUAAAAUAUCAAUGUCAACAUUUUUAUUAGAUCAAAUACAUGUUCAAUCUAUUGAUGCCUAUUAUGAUCCAAAUAGUAAAACAGAAAUAAUAGAAAAACCUCAUUUUUUUAAAUAUAAAAGUCAACAUUUUCAUUGUCAUAUUAAAUUAAUGAUAAAUGAUGAUUAUAUAACUAAUCAUCAAUAUUGGACUAUUGGUUUAGUACAAGCAUGUAAUGAAUAUUAUAUAGAAAAUCGUUAUGAUAAUUAUGGUAGUACAUUAUGGGAAUUUCAUCCAAUUAAAACUGGACGACAUCAAAUGAUUAAUGAUAGUGAUGGUAAUCAAUAUCCAUUUUAUGAUAUUUUUCAUAGUAAUUAUAUAAUUCAUCAUAAUUAUAUAACAAAUAAAUUUAUUCAAUUAUAUUAUAAAGAUUAUUUUUAUCCAACUAUUGCAUGGGAAUUACCAUAUUCUUAUAAUAACAAUAAUAUUAAUCGUAUUCAAUUAACUGAUAUUAUAAGAAGACAACAAUUUUGGGUAUGGUUAAUAGCCAUAAAACAUGGACGAAAUUAUAAUUUAAUUAAUAUUAAACAAAAUGAAUUAUAUAUAUUAAAUACAAUACGUUGGCAAUAUACAUUACAUAUUACAUUAGAUCCAUAUCAACCAAUUGGUAAACGUUUAAAAUAUAUUAAUGAUAUACAAUAUGAUAAACCAAUAAUAUUAAAUAAGAAUAAAAAAUUACCAUUAUCGGCUAUUAAUCCACCACAUUGUAAUGCAGCACAAUCAUUAAUAUGGUAUCCAAAUAAUAAAAAAGAUCAACCAAAAUUAAUUAUACCACCAAAACAAAUUAUUGUACCAUGGAAACAAUGGUUAAAUGAUAUGACAUUAAAUUAUAAUGAGAAUAUAAAAAAAUUAAAACAAUGUCAAUUUGUUGGUGAAUUAUUAAAUGAUAAAAAAAUUGGUAUUACAAAUUAUCAUAAAAAUGAUCAAAAAUUAUCAAUAAAUUUUGUUAAUUUACGAUCACGUUCAAGAGGUUGAAUAGGA